GUUAAUACUACUGUCUAUUGUCUUUAUACUUGCAUUGUUAAUACUACUGCCUAUAGUCUUCAUACCUUCAUUGUUAAUACUACUGUCUAUUGUCUUUAUACUUUCACUGUUAAUACUACUGCCUAUUGUCCUGAUACUUUCACUGUUAAUACUACUGCCUAUUGUCCUGAUACUUUCAUUGUUAAUACUACUGCCUAUUGUCCUGAUACUUUCAUUGUUAACACUACUGUCUAUUGUCUUUAUACCUUCAUUGUUAAUACUACUGCCUAUUGUGCUGAUACUUUCAAUGUUAAUACUACU